GAUAUUACUAAAACAGUCAAAGAUGAUGUCGUUAUCCCCAGAUAUAGACCUGACCGUUAUCAGGUGUGCUGCGUUCAAUCAAAUCCUUGAUCCCUGGAUCUACAUCCUCUUACGGAGACAUCUAGUGUUUAACAUACUAAUGGGACUCCGUAAAUCAGUAUGCAGAUGUAAAAUGGACCAACCGACACCGGACAAUUCCAACGAUGUGGUUGAACGGUGUGACGUCACAUCAUCGAGUCAGAGCAUCACUGGCCACUCAAACGGGUCGUAUCUGAACUCGACACACUGCAGCAACAUCACUCUAAACGGGGUUAACGGGUCCGCCAUUACAACUAUUAGCAAUGGCGCACUGGUGACGUCAAAUGGCAAGUGUCACGUGGGCCAAACACUUACAGACAACUGGUCAUUUACCAGCCUUCCAAACGGCAAUGGGAUGGAUCGAAUACUUAUUUCAUAUACGAUGUUAUAGACGAAAUGUUGACCGUGGGUGUAACGAUUUAUUAUAAGCUACAAUAUCUUAAAUAUUUCUGUCUGAAAGUUAUUCUUUGUUUGAUUUGUAAAUUAUUUAUAUACACUUUGAUAAUGUUAUCGAAUACCUGUUCUAUCUCGAAGUUCUGACAAGGUCGACAUAAACAUGUGUGAUUAUGAUUGAUUAUGAUAAAUUUAUGUUAGAAAAUAUUAUAUGUAUUAUUAUUUGGACAAUGGACUUGUAAUGUUCUUUGUUUUCCAUACUAAGAGUGUAUAUUAGGGCUAAACAAAGGUCUCCAUGUCUGCAAUGGUUUUUAUGUCUAUAAUGGUUUCCAUGUCU